UAUAUGUGUAGGAGUGCUUUUUGAAAGAGUAUGAAUAUUCUGUCAGGGACAUAUUCACAAUGGGUUUUUGAAUAGUGCAUAGCUUGAGAGAGAGAAAUGACAGUGACUCUAUCAAUACGCAUCUCAGAUUUUUCAGCAAGAAAUAGUCCAGAUAAGAUAGAUUCUCAAUGACGUGCCUAGGAGUUACUCUGCUCAUGGUUGUUUUGAUACACUCACUGAUGACUUCAUUUUAUGCAAUAAACAAAACACAAACAUGUUUACAAUGCAAUGAAUGUAUAGAUUUGAACGAAAGGGACAUGUCAUUACAUCUUCUUUUCUUGUUGUUGUUGUUGUUAUUGGAAUGUAUAGCCAUUGUAUCCGUCAUGGAUUACAUUGAAGCGGGAUAAGCGCAAAAACGUACGAUGUUAUUCGGGAAACCUUGAUUAUUUUUCUGAAAAAAAAAAUGCAUUUUCAAAUCCCC